CCCUCUGGCGGCCCGCCUUGCUGGACGCGGGAAGAUCUCGGCCGAGUUCGAGUUGUUGGCCUGCAACUUCCCUGUGGUUUCCCGAGACCUCCUUGCCUCUCGCUCCCCGAGGAGCCUUUCACCCGAAGGCGGGGUGAUGCCGGAUAAUCGGCAGCGGAGGAACCGGCAGCCGAGGGUCCGCUCCGGGAACGAGCCUCGUUCCGCGCCCGCCAUGGAGCCGGAUGGUCGCGGGGCCUGGGCCCAUAGUCGCGCCGCGCUCGACCGCCUGGAGAAGCUGCUACGCUGCUCACGUUGCACUAACAUUCUGAGAGAGCCUGUGUGCUUAGGAGGAUGUGAGCACAUCUUCUGUAGUAAUUGUGUAAGUGACUGCAUUGGAACUGGAUGUCCAGUGUGUUAUACCCCAGCCUGGAUACAAGACGUGAAGAUAAAUAGACAACUGGACAGCAUGAUUCAACUUUGUAGUAAACUUCGAAAUUUGCUACAUGACAAUAAGCUCUCAGAUUUGAAAGAAGAUGACCCUAGGAGAAGUUUGUUUAAUGAUGCAGAAAACAAGAAGAAUUCAAUUAAAAUGUGGUUUAGCCCUCGAAGUAAGAAAGUCAGAUAUGUUGUGAGUAAAGUUUCAGUGCAAACCCAGCCUGAAAUAAAAAAAGAUGCAAAUGCUCAGCAAGACUCCUAUGAAUUUGUUUCCACAAGUCCUCCAGCAGAUGUUUCUGAGAGGGCUAAAAAGGCUUCUGCAAGAUCCAGAAAAAAGCAAAAAAAGAAAACUUUAGCUGAAAUCAACCAAAAGUGGAAUUUAGAGGCAGAAAAAGAAGAUGGUGAAUUUGAUUCCAAAGAGGAAUCAAAGCAAAAGCUGGUAUCUUUCUGUAGCCAACCAUCUGUUAUCUCCAGUCCUCAGAUGAAUGGUGAAAUAGACUUACUAGCAAGUGGCUCCUUGACAGAAUCUGAAUGUUUUGGAAGUUUAACUGAAGUCUCUCUACCAUUGGCUGAGCAAAUAGAGUCUCCGGACACUAAGAGCAGGAAUGAAGUAGUGACUCCUGAGAAGGUCUGCAAAAAUUAUCUUGCAUCUAAGAAAUCUUUGCCAUUAGAAAAUAAUGGAAAACGUGGCCAUCACAAUAGACUUUGCAGUCCCAUUUCUAAGAGAUGUAGAACCAGCAUUCUGAGCACCAGUGGAGAUUUUGUUAAGCAAACGAUGCCCUCAGAAAAUACACCAUUGCCUUCAUGCAAACGUAAAGUUGGUGGCACAUCACGGAGGAAAAACAGUAACUUGUCAGAUGAAUUCAGUAGUCUUUCUCCGGGUACACCACCUUCUGCAUUAAAUAGUUCAAGUUACAGACGAGUGAUGUCUAGCCCCUCAGCAAUGAAGCUGUUGCCCAAUAUGGCUGUGAAAAGAAAUCAUAGAGGAGAGACUUUGCUCCACAUUGCUUCUAUUAAGGGUGACAUACCUUCUGUUGAAUACCUUUUACAAAAUGGAAGUGAUCCAAAUGUUAAAGACCAUGCUGGGUGGACACCAUUGCAUGAAGCUUGCAGUCACGGGCACCUGAAGGUGGUGGAAUUAUUGCUCCAGCAUAAAGCACUGGUAAACACCACUGGGUAUCAAAAUGACUCACCACUUCAUGAUGCAGCCAAGAAUGGGCACAUGGAUAUAGUCAAGCUGUUACUUUCCUAUGGAGCCUCCAGAAAUGCUGUUAACAUAUUUGGUCUGCGGCCUGUGGAUUAUACAGACGAUGAAAAUAUGAAAUCACUAUUGCUGCUACCAGAGAAGAAUGAAUCAUCCACAACUAGCCAUUGCUUGGUAAUGAACACUGGGCAGCGUAGGGAUGGACCUCUUGUACUUAUAGGCAGUGGGCUGUCUUCAGAACAACAGAAAAUGCUCAGUGAGCUUGCAGCAAUUCUUAAGGCUAAAAAAUGUACUGAGUUUGACAGUACAGUAACUCAUGUUGUUGUUCCUGGUGAUGCAGUUCAAAGUACUUUGAAGUGUAUGCUUGGAAUUCUCAAUGGAUGCUGGAUUCUAAAAUUUGAAUGGGUAAAAGCAUGUCUACGAAGGAAAGUAUGUGAACAGGAAGAAAAGUAUGAAAUUCCUGAAGGUCCACACAGAAGCAGGCUCAACAGAGAACAGCUGUUGCCAAAGCUAUUUGAUGGAUGCUACUUCUAUUUGGGGGGAUCUUUCAAACACCAUCCAAAGGACAACCUUAUUAAGCUCGUCACUGCAGGUGGGGGCCAGAUCCUCAGUAGAAAGCCCAAGCCAGACAGUGACGUGACUCAGACCAUCAAUACAGUCGCAUACCAUGCAAGACCCGAUUCUGAUCAGCGCUUCUGCACGCAGUAUAUCAUCUAUGAGGAUUUGUCUAAUUAUCACCCAGAGAGGGUUCGGCAGGGCAAAGUCUGGAAGGCUCCUUCAAGCUGGUUUAUAGACUGUGUGAUGUCCUUUGAGUUGCUUCCUCUUGACAGCUGAAUAUUGUACCAGAUGAACAUUUCAAAUUGAACUUGCAUGGUUUGUGAGAGCCCAGUCAUUGUACUGUCUUUAAUGUUUCACAUUUUUACAAAUAGGUAGAGUCAUUCAUAUUUGUCUUUGAAUCA